CUGAAGAAACCGUCACGCACUGGCUAAAACCCACAUUAUCCUCAGGCGCAACCGCGCUCUCCGUUCUUCCUUCCACCCCAACUCGCCAUGGCGCUCGCCGCCGCCUCCGUCUCAGUUCUCCAUCUCCCGGCCAUCUCCCUCCCGCUCCCUUGCCUUCAGGGCUCAAACCCUAGCCGUCCCAGCCUCGGCUUGACCAAUGCCCUCCCGUGGCGCCGACGCGGUGGGCGCGGGGCGGGGGCGGUGGCGGGGGCGGUGCGCUGCGCGAAGCGCACGGGCAAGCGGCGGUACCCGUCGGAGAAGAAGCGGCUGGAUAGGCGACACAAGGAGCUGCUCCGGAAGGCCGCGCCAGAGGAGGGCUCGGCGGGGCGGGAGGCGGGUUACUGGCGGCUCUCCAAGCUCGCCGUCCCUGCCCGCGACGACCCCGGCAAGGACUUCGCUGGUGUCUCCCCGCCGCUCCUCCAAGCCAUCGCCAAAGCACUGAAAUUCCCGGUUUCUUCUAUGCUCCCUGAAGAGGCCUUCACCGUUAUUCGCAAGUCGUUUGAUGCACGGAAGAUUUUGAAAGAACCUCAAUUUGUUUAUACCGUUGAUGUGGCUGUUAAGAGACUUCUGGAUUUGGAGCCGAGAACGUGGGAUUUUAUUGCUAGAUUGGAACCAAAGCUUGGAACAAUAGAAUACAUGCCUGAUGAGAAAGUAGCAUCUGAUCUGGUCAGUAUGCUUAAUGUUUAUAAGCAAGGUUCUGAUGGUGAACUGGGAAUCAAUGAUACUGUCAAUAAUGGCUCUAUCUGUAGUCCGCGAAAGAAACCAAGGGUGGCAGUUGUAGGAAGUGGGCCAUCAGGCUUGUUUGCCUCCCUUGUUCUAGGUGAACUUGGUGCAGAAGUUACCUUAAUAGAGCGUGGUCAACCUGUUGAACAAAGGGGGCGUGAUAUUGGUGCCUUAGUAGUUAGACGAAUUCUCCAUUCAGAAAGCAACUUUUGCUUUGGAGAGGGUGGUGCAGGUACAUGGAGUGAUGGGAAACUUGUGACCAGGAUAGGAAGAAACACUGAUGGUGUUCAGGCUGUUAUGAAAACAUUUGUUCAAUUUGGAGGUCCUCCAAAUAUACUAGUUGAUGGGAAACCUCACUUGGGUACAGAUAAACUUGUUCCUCUGCUGCGGAACUUCAGGCAUCACUUAAAAGAGUUGGGUGUUAACAUAAUAUUUAAUACUAGAGUAGAUGAUCUUGUAGUGGAAGGUGGGCAAGUAAAAGGAGUUGUCGUGUCUGACUCAAGACUGCAGCUAGGUUCUCCCAACCAGACACUAUCAUUUGAUGCAGUUGUAUUGGCAGUUGGUCACUCAGCUCGUGACACAUACAGUAUGCUUCUGAGGCAUAAUGUAGAUAUGCACCCAAAGAGUUUUGCUGUUGGCUUAAGAAUCGAGCACCCCCAAGAACUGAUAAACGACAUUCAAUACUCUGAAUUGGCUGCUGAAGUACAUAAAGGGCGUGGGCGGAUACCUGUAGCAGAUUACAAGAUAGUGAAAUCUUUUGGUGAAGGAGAUGCAGAGCUACCAGAACAAAAUCGCAGUUGUUACUCAUUUUGCAUGUGUCCUGGUGGACAGGUUGUUCUAACUAGCACAAACCCAUCAGAAUUGUGCAUCAAUGGUAUGUCAUUCUCAAGGCGUGCAUCCAAGUGGGCAAACUCAGCUUUUGUGGCCACUGUGUCAUCUCAUGACUUUAGGCCAUUUGAAUCCCAUGGUUCUCUUGCAGGCGUUGAAUUCCAGAGAGAAUUUGAAAGAAGAGCAGCUACCAUGGGGGGAGGGAAUUUCGUUGUUCCUGCACAGUGUGUCACAGAUUUUCUCAGUAACAGAUUGUCAGUUACAACUCUCCCACCAUCAAGCUAUAGGCUGGGAGUUCGGCCAUCCAAACUCCAUGAGCUAUUCCCUUCGCACAUAACUGAAGUUCUACAACAAUCAAUAAUAAUGAUUGAGGAAGAGAUGCCAGGAUUUGUAUCUAGUGAGGCAUUACUUCAUGGUGUCGAGACAAGAACAAGCUCCCCAUUGCAAAUUUCACGAAAUACCGGUACAUAUGAGAGCACAUCACUGCAAGGGCUGUAUCCUAUUGGGGAAGGUGCUGGCUAUGCAGGGGGUAUAUUAAGUGCUUCUGUGGAUGGUAUGUAUUGUGGUUUUGCUUUAGCCAAACAGCUUUCUCUAUUCCAUGGCGAUAUAGAGUCAACUCUUGGCAAAGCACAAAACCAAAAAGGCUUCGUAAAAUAUUGAGUAUGGAUGCGUAAUUAGUUGAUUGUAGGUAUCAGAUAUUGAAAGAUAAAUUCACCGUGGUAGCAAAUUGCCUAGGAAAACUCCUUAUGUAGAGAAGUUGUAAUGAGUGCAGUCAUAGAAAAUAUUGAGCGAGUAUGUACUAUGUAAAUGACAUCAAAGGUGCUAUAGGAUAAUAGGAGUCUAUACCAUGUCGCUAUGUAAUAAACUAGUGAAAUUUCUAGGCUAGGAAUAACAAUAUAAUAAUUAACUUAGAGGACGGCAUUUUAAUCUUGUAGAUUAUUCAAUAAUGCUGCCCACAAAUUUUAUGUGAAUGUCUCGAGUGCUUCUUUACGAAUAAAUAUUUUUCUUGAUCUUC